GGGGUGCUACUGGUGAUACAAUAGUUUGAAAAAACAAACGAAUUCUUCAAGUUUCUCUCUGUGGGCACGGAUUAAAAGUGUUACUGGUGUUGUCGUAUCCUCCUGGGGUUAGCAUUCCAGGUUGGCCAAUUAAUUUAUUUGCGCUAAUAGUAACCGAUCGUCCUUGUGCACUACUAUGACCACUUACACCAACAAGGGACCGAAACCGGCCGGUGGUAAGUUUCUCUCGUUCGAUCACAUCACGUUCUACGUUGGCAACGCGAAACAAGCGGCCAGCUACUACACCACUCGGUUCGGGUUCGAGGACUACGCCUACCAGGGAUUAGAAACCGGAAGUCGAGUAUUGGUGAAGCAUGCGGUGCGCCAGAACCGGAUUGUGUUUGUGUUCGUGUCGGCGUACGAGCCGGGUCAUCGUGACCUCGGAGACCACUUGGUACGUCACGGAGACGGAGUUAAGGACGUUGCUUUCGAGGUAGAGGAUCUGGAUGUAAUCGUGCGGCGAGCGAAGGAGCGCGGCGCAAAGCUGGUGCGCGAUGUCUGGGAAGAAUCGGACGAGCACGGCACUGUCCGGUUCGCGACCGUGCAGACAUACGGCGACACAGUCCACACCUUUGUCGAGCGCAACGGUUACCGAGGCCGAUUUCUGCCCGGUUUUCGGGCGCCACUACACGAAGAUGUGCUGCUACGCACGCUGCCUCCGGUAGGUUUGAACUUUAUUGAUCACGUCGUUGGCAAUCAACCGGACCUGCAGAUGGAAUCGGUGGCGGCGUGGUACGAGAAGGUGCUUAUGUUCCACCGGUUCUGGUCGGUGGACGACAGCCAGAUCCACACCGAGUACUCUGCCCUGCGGUCGAUCGUGGUGACCAACUACGAGGAAACGGUCAAGAUGCCAAUCAACGAGCCGGCGAAGGGGAAGAAGAAAUCGCAAAUCGAAGAGUACGUCGAAUAUUACGGCGGGGCUGGCGUGCAACAUAUUGCUCUGAACACGAGCGAUAUCAUCAGCGCCAUACGUAAUUUGCGUGCUCGCGGCCAACAGUUUCUCUCCAUCCCGGACACGUACUACGACCAGUUGCGCGACCGCCUCAAGUCGAGUGACGUGAAAAUUAAGGAGGACAUGGCCGUUCUCCAGGAGCUGCAAAUCCUAAUCGAUUACGAUGAAAACGGUUAUCUGCUGCAAAUCUUUUCCAAGAAUAUGCAGGACCGACCAACGCUCUUCAUUGAGGUCAUCCAGCGGCACAAUCAUAAUGGUUUCGGAGCUGGCAAUUUCAAGGCACUGUUUGAGGCCAUCGAAGCGGACCAGGAAAAGCGCGGAAAUUUAUAAACGGGUGCGUGCCAAACCAUAUGAACCGUUGUAUAUGAUAGAGGCGCAACACAAGGAUUUCUGUUAAAGCCACAUGUUAAUAAAAUAAAUCAUCAA